GUCUCUCUCUGUCUUUGUAUCCCACACACACACAGAACACACACAUAUUAAUCCGUUACGAACAAAAUGCUCUCUGGAAGCAACUGCCGCUCUAGCACGGCUAGACCGUCAUGGCUAAACACACCUCGUAUUUCGUCCGCCAUCCGAAACGCCCGGUGGGAGCCCCGGGAGGGCGGCGGGUUUAUCGCAAUACUUCCUGCGUCUUCUUUCACCGGCGGGGAGCUAAAGACGGCCCUGGAAUCUGGUUUUCAAGGACAGUAUUCUGUGCAGCUCCGGAAAGACGAGUACAAGAUCACGCUUCCCGUCAAGCUAACCUCGCACAACAAUCCGUGAUGACCAAUCAGGGGUCAGGUUAAUUCAACUCUACCCAAGGUCUCACUUUAUGUUCUCCAAUAUGUACAAACGGCGUUGUUCUCCGUCUGCAUUUUCGGGGCUUGGUAAAUUGUUUCACCAAGGUUGAACAAAAGGAACUGGAGAAAGAUGGUUAAUGUUUGAGUUUGUGGGAAUGGGGUGGCAAACAUACUUGUUGGUUUCAGAAGUAUAAUCGACUCAACAGUAAAGAAAAUCGAGAAUGGGGCGACUCCAAGUAACCAGAUUGCCAGUCUUUGCUUUGUCAGAAACUAACUCUACUGACAAGCUUAUAAUAGGCAGUAACUAAAGGCCAAGACUAAAUAGCCAUUCCUUAAGUGUUGAGCUAACGCAAGUAGCU